CUUCUCUCAAAUUUAAAAAAACAAGAAUCAAUUAUUCUCCGGUUAAUUAUUAACAUCGGUUGUGUUAAUUAGCUGAAAUUAAAAGGUAUGCUUGUUUAAAAGCUUUUUCUAUUUUCUUUUUUAUAUCUCUUGAUUUUUUAGACGUUUUGUUGUUAAUUUAAUAUUUGUAAUGAGUUUUAUUUCUUUAUUAUUUUAUGUUUUUAAUAUGGGUUAAGGAAGACAAUUUUUAUUUAUGUUGUUAUCUUUGAUAAAAUUGAGAGGAAUUAAUAAUGGUAGUUGAUAUUGAUAAAAAGAUAGAGUUACAUAUUUAAAAUUUAUUUUUGAUUGUCUGUUUUAAUUUGAGGUCAAUUAUAUUUUGUCUUCUUGAAAAUGCAAUUAAACUAGUAUAUCGAUUCUCUUUUAGUUCCAAAAAAUGGUCAAAUUGUUAUGUUAGAACAAGUAGGAGGCAAUGCUUAUUAUUAAUUCGCAUGUAUGAAAACUACAAAAUUGCUAGACAUUGAAUGUGAGCUUCUUUUACACUCUCUUAUAAGGUUUUAACUUGAGUUUUUUUUUUUAAUGUAGAUGGAUUCAAAUUUUCCAAGCUCUUUUACCAACUUUCUUAUGAGUGAGUUAGAAGAUAUUCUCUCUCAACCAAGUGAUUCUAAUUAAUUAAUUGAUGACUUAACAUGCUCGAAUUUAAAUGUCCAUUCGGCAAAAAAAUCACAAAGAAGUAAAAAUUUAUCAUCAGAGGAGGAUUGUUUACUUGUCUCUGCAUGGCUAAAUACAAGCAAGGAUCCAAUUACAUGAGUAGAACAACAAACAAAACAGUUCUGGGCUCGCGUACAUGCUUACUUUGUAGAGAAUGGAGGAAACUUGAAUAAUCGUUCACAAAUAAGCAUCUCAAGUAGAUGGCAAGAAAUAAAUAGAGAAGUCGGUAAAUUUGUUAGAUUUGUUACUCAAAUUGAAAAUCAUCAGCAAAGUGGAAUGACCGAAGAAUCAAGGAUUAAUGAUGCUCGGCAAAUGUAUGCUUCUUGCGUUGACAAACGAUUUCAACUAGAACAUUGUUGGGUUAUCUUAAGAAAAGAACCCAAAUGGCAAUUUAAGCGUGCAAGUCAACAUCAAAGGUCAAACAAGAAACAAAAAGGUCAUGUCAAUGCAAGUCCAGCUUCAUCAACUCCAUCUACCCCUGAUUCUGUUAGUUUAAGAGAAGAUAGUGAACCAUUGAUUUAUCAAGAUAGACCAAUCGGUCAGAAGGCUGCAAAGGAACGACUUAAACGUAGACAAGAAAAAGAUAAAGUUGGGGAUGUAACUGUAACGAAUCUCUUACAACAAUUCAGGGAUACUCUAGUUGAAAUUGAGGAUCAGAAGAAACAAGACAACAAAAUUAUGUUAGAGCAACAAGCCAUGAUGAUUCAACAAAGUCAAGAGAAACAAGAAUUGGACAGGAUUGAGAAAGAAGAACAAAUUAUGAAAAUGGAUAUUUCUAAUUUGGAUCCAAUUUCUGCAACGUAUUUUCAAAAUAGAAAGUUAGAAAUUAUGCAAAAGAGGGGUUUUGAUUUUUAAUUAACUUUGAUUGAUUUAUUGUAAUGUAAUGUAUUUUUAAUUAAAUAUGUAGAAAAUUCUUGGUUAUUUUAAAUACAUUGUUAUGAAAUUGAUAUCAAUUCAUAAUACUUUUUUAAAGUUCCUCUAACACUUAACAAUAACAAGUAGGAUUAAUUAACUUAAAAGAUAACAAACAUAAUGAAAAAAAAAACAUAAAAAAACUUGAAAAUUAUGAUAACAUAAGAAGUUCAAAUCUAAAGAUUCUACUCGUUGCCAUAUUGUUCCCACAAAUGUUCAAUCAAAUGUUCUUGUAGUUGAGAGCUAGUUGCUCUAUCCCUAAUUCGAUUAUGAGUUUGAAGAAAAUCAUGUAGUUCUGGUAUUUCACCAUGUGAUACUGAUAUAAAGGAAUUGACUUCAUGUUCAUGGUCAAAUCCAAGGUUCAUUGCUCCUUCAUCCUCAAUAAUCAUAUUAUGCAUUAUUAUGCAAGCUUUCAUAAUAUAUGCAAGCGUUUCUUCAUCCUAGUAUCGAACAGGUCCACGUACAAUUGCAAAACGAGAUUGGAGCACCCCAAAUGCCCGCUCCACAUCUUUUCUUGCAGACUCUUGCUUGCUUGCAAAAUAUUUUCUCUUUGCUCCUAAUGGUCUUGGGAUUGUCUUAACAAAGGUUGACCAAUUAGGAUAAAUUCCAUCUGCUAAAUAGUA